AGCGAGAGGCGGCCCCCGGUGCCGGCCGGCGCGGCGGCCCCCCGUCCCCCCGCCCCGAGCCCAGAGGCCGCCGGACCGGCCACCCCCGUCGCCGCCAGCCCGGAGGCAGCCGCAGGUCCCCUCCGCAGAGCCCGGCGGUCCCGGAGACAGCAGCGACCCGGAGCCGAGUGGCGGGACCAGCAGCAGCGGCGGCGGCAGCUCCGACGGCGAGGAUGCCUGCUCGGCAGAUUUUAACUACGGCUCAGAGGACUAUGACGCAGAGGGCAACGAGGAGCCCAAAGUACUUCCCAGUGGCCCAGAGACCAUGCCGUACAUUGACGAAUCACCCACCAUGUCGCCCCAGCUCAGCACUCGUGCCCAGGAGGGUAACGGGGACGGGAACGAAGGUGUCACGCCCACGGCUCCUGAUGAGCCGGACAUAGUGGGCGAACGGGAUUCUGGGAAAAGUCUGGAGAUGCGCAAAUUGGUGCUUUCGGAUUUCCUGGCCAGCGAGGAGAUCUAUAUAAACCAGUUGGAGGCACUGUUGCUCCCCAUGAAGCCCCUGAAGGCGACAGCGACCACCUCCCAGCCAGUCCUCACCGUCCAGCAGAUCGAGACCAUCUUCUAUAAGAUCCAGGAUCUCUACGAAAUCCACAAGGAGUUCUACGACAGCCUUUACCCCAAAGUCCAGAACUGGGACAGCAGUGUUAUCCUGGGUCACCUCUUCCAAAAACUGGCUAGUCAGUUGGGGGUUUACAAGGCCUUUGUGGACAACUACAAAAUCGCACUCGAGACCGCAGAGAAAUGCAGCCAAAGUAAUCAUCAGUUCAAGGACAUCUCAGAGGAGUUGAAGGUGAAGGGCCCCCGAGAUUCCAAAGAGAACCACACCUCCGUCACCAUGGAAGCACUUCUGUAUAAGCCCAUAGACCGUGUGACUCGGAGCACGCUUGUAUUGCAUGACCUACUCAAGCACACGCCGUCCGACCACCCGGACUACCCAUUGCUGCAGGAUGCCCUCCGGAUCUCCCAAAACUUCCUUUCCAGCAUCAAUGAGGACAUUGACCCCCGCAGGACGGCAGUCACCACACCCAAGGGCGAGACCCGGCAGCUGGUCAAAGAUGGCUUCUUGGUGGAGAUGGCCGAAGGCACCCGCAAACUACGCCACGUCUUCCUCUUCACGGAUAUGCUUCUCUGUGCCAAACUGAAGAAAACAGCAGUGGGGAAACAUCAGCAGUACGAAUGCAAAUGGUAUGUGCCCUUGGCGGAGCUGGUGUUCCCCUCUCUGGAAGGGCUGGACCCCUGCCCACACGUCCACGCCAUGCCCGACCAUGACCUGGAGGAUGUGAAGAUAAAGAUUUCCUCUAUGAAAAGCGAGGUGCAGAAGGAGAAGGCCAACAAGGGGCAAAGCCGAGCCAUGGAGCGCUUGAAGAAGAAGAUGUUCGACAACGAAUUCUGGCUUCUGCUCAACUCUCCUUCCAUCCCCUUCCGCAUCCAUCACCGCAAUGGGAAAAGUUACUUGUUUCUUCUUUCCUCUGACUACGAGCGGGCGGAAUGGAGAGAGGCUAUCCAGAAAUUGCAGAAGAAAGACCUCCAAACCUUCGUGCUCAGCUCUGUGGAGCUGCAAGUGCUCACAGGCUCCUGCUUCAAAUUACGCACUGUGCACAAUCUUCCAGUCACCAGCAAUAAGGACGAUGAUGAGCCUGCAGGGAUGUAUGGCUUCUUGCACGUCAUUGUCCACUCUGCCAAGGGCUUCAAAGAAUCUGCCAACCUCUACUGCACGCUGGAAGUGGACUCCUUCGGGUACUUUGUCAGCAAAGCCAAGACCCGGGUGUUCCGCGACACAACUGAGCCCCAGUGGAACGAGGAGUUUGAGAUCGAGCUGGAGGGGUCCCAGUCACUCAGGAUUCUGUGCUACGAGAAAUGUUACGACAAGACCAAGCUGAACAAGGACGACAACGAAAUUGUGGACAAGAUUGUGGGCAAGGGGCAAAUCCAGCUGGACCCCAGACGGUGCAACCCAAGAACUGUCACAUGGACCCCACCAGACACCUUUUGA